AUGUCAAUUCCAAAGCCAGACAACGGAACCCUCAGACUCGGAUCUACUGCUCCAGACUUCACGGCCGACACCUCUAACGGCCCAAUUUCUUUCCACGAGUACAUUGGCGACUCCUGGGCUGUUCUGUUCUCUCACCCAGACGACUUCACCCCAGUUUGCACCACUGAGCUUGGUGCUUUUGCCAAAUUGGAGCCAGAGUUUGCCAAGAGAGGCGUGAAGCUCAUUGGUCUGUCUGCUAACGGUACCGACUCUCACAAGGCGUGGAUCAAGGACAUCGACGAGGUUACCGGCUCCAAGCUUACUUUCCCAAUCAUUUCUGACCCUAAGAGAGAGGUCGCCUUGAAGUACGACAUGAUCGACUACCAAGAUGCCACCAACGUUGACGACAAGGGUGUCCAACUCACUAUCAGAUCUGUCUUCAUCAUCGACCCAAAGAAGACCAUCAGAUUGAUCUUGACCUACCCAGCUUCUACUGGUAGAAACACUGCUGAGGUCCUGAGAGUCAUUGACUCCCUGCAAACCGGUGACAAGUACAGAGUCACCACUCCUAUCAACUGGGUUCCAGGUGACGAUGUUAUUGUUCACCCAAGCGUCUCCAACGAGGAGGCCAAGACUUUAUUCCCUAAAUUCAGAACCAUCAAGCCAUACUUGAGAUUGACCCCAUUGGACGUGUCUAAAUAA